UCAAACAUCUGCCAUAAUGGACGUCGAGACCCUUGGUGUUUCAGAAAAACGCAAAUUUGUAGAAGACAACGGUGAAUUUCCAAUUAAUGGAGAAGUAAAAACGGUGGCAAUCACGCCAGGGCCUAGAAGAAAGAAAAUUAAAAGACGCAAGAACCCAAACGUUGAAAGAACGCCUUUAAUGCUCUUUAACGAAACUUUUCCUCAAUUGGAAAUUCAGUUGGUGAAAGUCACUGGUCCAAGCCAUGAGCCAGAGUUUGUCAUGGCUAUUGAGUUUGAGGGUGGUAGAUUUGAAGGCCAUGCAAAAAGUAAAAAAGGUGCCAAACAAGUUGCUGCAGCGCAAUUCCUGCAAAGCAAAGGUUUAUUGAAUAGUUCACCUGUUUCAACACCAAACAAUGUUACAGAUAACCUUGAUGGAGUUCUACAAUCCUCUCCUGUCAAAUUAACUCGAGAACAAACCAUUGUUAAAGCUAUUAAUGAUGGUGUAAAUGUUGUUUCUAUAGUACAUCAAUAUUAUCCUGGUGCAAAGUUCAAGAUUGUUGAUGAGGUUGGUAAAGCUCAUAGUAAAAUCUUUACAAGUGAACUACUUAUUAAUGGUGAAACUUACCAAGGGACAGGUGCAAACAAGAAAUCUGCUAAUUUAUCCGCUGCAGCUCGUGCAAUGUUUCAACUUCAUGGGGUCAUCCAUAGUACUAACAAUAAAGAUAUAUCAGAUCCAAGUGAUCUUGAGUUCCUUAUACCUCAACCAUUGGCAGACAAGAUUGGUGAAAUGGUACAGCAAAAGUUUGCUUUGUUGACAGAAUCAAGCAAUACACCUGCAUAUCGAUAUAAAGUGUUGGCUGGCGUUGUAAAAACCAUUCAGAAAGGAGAAGAAGUUGUCGAAAUGGAAGUUAUAAGUAUUGGUACUGGUACCAAGUGUAUUACUGGUGAAAAUAUUAGCAAUACAGGACUAGCACUUAAUGAUUGCCAUGGAGAAAUUAUUGCACGACGAGGAUUAUGCAAUUAUCUAUACGAGCAGCUUGAUUUGGCGCUGGCCGGCCAAAUCAACAUCUCUUGUUUCACAAAAAAGAAUAAUGGCCUGUUUGGUCUUCGUGAAGAUGUGGCUUUUCAUCUUUAUAUUAGCACCUCUCCUUGUGGAGAUGGCAGAAUUUUUUCACCUAAAGAAAAGGCACUCAACGAACCGGAAGAUCGCCAUCCCCAAAGAAAAACAAGGGGCUUGCUUCGUACAAAAAUUGAAAAUGGCGAAGGUACGGUACCUGUUCGAAUAGGAGGUGUUUUUCAAACAUGGGAUGGAGUUUUGGUGGGUGAAAGAUUGCUUACUAUGUCUUGCAGUGAUAAAAUUGCCAAGUGGAAUGUUGUUGGUCUCCAAGGUGCAUUACUGAGUCGAUAUAUUGAGCCAGUUUAUCUCACUUCUGUUGUUCUUGGAAGUCUAUACAACUUUCAUCAUCUAACACGAGCUUUGUACAAGAGAUUAGGUGUACUUGCUAAUCUUCCUGAUCUUUAUCACCACAAUUAUCACUUGGUUAAUGGUAUAUCAGUGCCCGAAGCUCGUGGAACAGGAAAGAGCCCAUCAUCUAGCCUCAAUUGGUCUUGGGGUAAAGAAGGUCUUGAGAUUGUGAAUGCAUGCACUGGCAAAUUAGAAGAUGGCAGUCCUUCAAGACUUUGUAAAGAAGUAUUUUUCAAAAAGUUCAUUGCAUUGUGGAAUAAAGAGCAACCUGCUGUUUCAUUUCCUUUUAACUAUAACGAGGCAAAACUGGGAGCUACAAGCUACAAAAAAGCAUUUCAGUCUUUGGUUAGGAUGUUUGAAAGCAAAGGACUGGGAAAGUGGGUAGCCAAGCCCAUUGAGCAAGAUGACUUUUGAGAAUUUGUAGAAAUUGAGAAGUUGAUUUCAUAGAACAUAUAUCAAUUGUACAUGCAGCAAAGAUGAUGGAAAUCAAUCUAAUCAUUGGUUUACUCUACAUAUAUGAAGACAUGCAUCUUUAAAUACAUGUAGUAGAUAGACAUACAGUGGUAACUUUGUUGUGAUUGAUUUUGGAUGCUGAAAAGUUACGCAAAACUUCGUUUUUUUUGACGUGAUUUUGCAAAAAGUAAUGCGACAAAUGGUGCUAAUUUUAAGCAAAUACAUUUUAGAACGAUCAGGAUGUAUUACAUACCUGCUGCUUAAUAAAACUUUGAGUUAUUCUUCUUAAA